AUGAAUGAACUAGCAUAUUUCAAAAGUGGAUAUUGGACGAGUCGAUAUCAUCAAUAUGGUCGUUGGCAUGGGCCUCAUAAAAUGUCACUCAUGUUUGAUCAGUAUACAAGUACAGUGACUGGACAUGGAUAUGAUGAUGUCGGUCCGUUCACUAUUAGUGGAACAUUUUCUGUAGAAAAUCAGCAGAUAGUGUUGAACAAAAGUUAUCAACCAGAUGCUGGUGAUCUUAAAGAAAACUUUGGACAUACAGUAACUAUAGAAUUGACUUGGAACCAAAAUAAUGCACAAUUCGAAGGCAAAUGGCAUGUGAAAACUAAUAGCUACCGUGUUAAAGAUAAAUUCGAACUAAAGCUUGGAGAAUCUUGGUGA